GUACGUUUGUAGUGGUGUUGAUGUUCUCUAUUGAAAAACAAGUUUUUUAAAUUAGUUUUAUGGUAUUUCUCUUUUUUUUCUUUUUCUUUUAAAAGUAAAAAUCAACAAAAUUCACCAUCAAUGAAAAAUUAGUCUUCCUUCAUGGAAUAUGAUCAUGAUCUGAUGUAAGAAAGAUCAUUCUUGGAAAAGAUCAUCCAUUCACUGAUUCACAUUACUUCAUCUUAUAUAAACGGAUAAUGAUAUUUCCACAAUUAUUUCAUAAAAGAUGAUCUAUACUAUUGAUUACUUCAAUGAAUAUCAAGAUCAUAUCAACCAUUGAAUUGUUGAAUUAAACAUUCAAUACUGAAAGGAAUCUAUUGAAACAGAUUACAUUCAAUUGAAAUUCUUCAUUUAUAAAUGACAGAACAAAUACCAUUUCAACGUACAUCCACCAUAAAACAUCGUAUUAGUAGAACUGGUUCAAUUGGACAAGAUCAUAAUAAUAAUAAUACUACAAUUGGUAAUAUGAUGACAACUAGUGGAAUAAAUAAUAGUGGAAUACAACAUCAACAAUCUAGUAUAAGAAGACCAUCAAUUAUGCAAAAAUAUAUGGGUGAAAUUGAAUUUACUGGAUUAAAUCAAACAGCUAGAUUUUGUAAAUUAAAUAGUGAUACACCAGAUUCUGUAUUACGUGAUAUUCUUAAACGUAAAUGGGGUUUAAAACCACCUACAUUAAUUAUAACUGUAUUCGGGACAGAUUUUGAAAAGAAACGUAAAUUAAAAAUGAUCUUUAAAAAAGGUUUAUGGAAAGCAGCUGAAAGUGGUUGUUGGAUUGUAACAGGUGGUUUUCAUUUAGGAGUAAUGAAGUUAACUGGUGAAGCUGUACGUGAUUACACAGAUGCAUAUGGUGGAAAUCGAAUGAUGGCAUUUGGUGUAGCAAGUUGGGAUUGUGUAACAAAAAAUGAAAUACUUGAAGCAGCUUUACAUGAGGGUACAGCAGUGUAUCAAUCUGAGGAAGAUGAAGAAGAAGAAGCUGAAGAUAGUGAACCAAUUUUAAUUGAUCCAUUAUCACAAAGCGGUUUAAAAUCUGUUCGUAGUGAUAUUGAAGAACGUGCCUUAGAUCCUAAUCAUAAUUUUUUUGUUUUAGUCGAUGAUGGAACAACUGAUCAAUUAAAAGGUAAAGAAGCUGAAUUACGUGCAAGAUUUGAAAGAUGUAUAUCAUUAUGGAAUUGUGCAAGUAGUCCACAAGAACAAACAACAACUGCUACAAGUCCUCAAAGUGGACCUAUAAGUUCUACAACACAUUUACAACAACAGCAACAACAACAACAGCAACAACCUCAAAAUGGUAUUUCUACACCAUCUAAUGCCAAUAAUAAUGUAAAUUCAGUAGGAUUACAAAGACAAGGUAGUACUAUGGGUGGACAAAUUAGUACAACAUCUGGUCCACAAACAAGUGUAACAUCAAUUGGUAAAAAUUCUGGUAUAACCGGUGGUUCUACUAGUAAUUCUGCUUUAAGUAAAGGUGCAAGUGAACCAAUAGUUAAUAAUCAACCUAUUUCAACUGCAUCUGUUACACGUGGUGUAAAAGAUAAACUUACUACUGAAUCAAGCCUUAAACCAGCAAAAAGUGGAAAAUCAGUUGGUAGUGAAGAAGAAAUUUUAGUUCCAAUGUGUGGAUUAGUUGUAGGUGGUGAUCGAUUUACAUUACGUCAAGUUUAUUGUUCAAUGAUUAGAAAUCGUUGUCCAAUUGUUGUUACAAAGGGUACAUCUGGUGCAGCGGAUGUAUUAGCAUUUGGAUUAGAUGCUGCAAAUAAAAUGGCAUCUGAAGAAGUUGUUGAUGAUAAAGAUCAAGUACCAUUGGAGGCUAGGCUUGAAUCAAUCAUUGAAGAAUUUCUUGGUGAUUUACAUCCAGAUUAUACGAAUUAUACAGAUGAAGUGAAUAUGUUAUGCGAAAUAAUCAAUGAUUAUACAAACUUAGUAUCAGUAUUUGAUAUGGAAGAAGAUUCUGAUUUGGAUGGAUAUGUGAUCUCUUCAUUGCUUGCCAGUGCUGGUACCACGGUUACAUCAGAUCAAAUUAAUUUAGAACAAUUAGAAAUUACAUUAACAUUAAAUCGUGCUGAUAUUGCACGUGAAAAAAUAUUUUUAGAAAAUAAAAAAUGGAAAAAAGGUCAAUUAAAUGAUUAUAUGUAUCAAGCAUUAAUGAGUGAUCGACAUGAUUUUGUUAAAUUAUUCUUAGAACAAGGUUUUAGUUUAGAAGAUUUUUUAACCAUCUAUAUGUUAGAAAAAUUAUAUACUGAUCAAUUAAAAAAUUUGAAUUCCAAAGUAGCAAUAUUCAAUAAAAUGUGGGAAUAUAAUCGAUCACAUCGAACAUCGAAAGUGGCAUUACGUGAUGUUGGCAAAGUGAUUAAAGCAUUAGUUGGUGAUUUUUAUCAUCCACUUUAUUUAAGUAAAGAAUUUCAAGCGAAAUUAAUGCCGGAAAAAAGGCUAGAAGGCGCUGACAUUUGUCAACGUUUAUUAGGUUCUCAUAAAUUAAGAAAUAGUCAAGAUAUUAGUCAUUUAUCAUCAUCAUCUUCUUCAUCAUCUAUUAACAAUAAUAAUCAUAAUCAUAAUGGUGCUAUAUGUCCACGUACACUUGGUUUAAGAGAUAGUGUACGAUUUAUUGAUUAUGGAGAAGAUUAUGAUUAUAUGAAUUUACAUAAUGUACAUACAUCAUCAUUACCAUCAGCACCACCACCAACAACAACAACCACAACAACAAUAGAAGAUAUAGGAUUUCGUAAUCCAGCAUUUUUAGAAUGUGAUAAAUAUGGUAGUCGAAAUAAGCAUGGUCGACGUUCAUCAUCUCAAACCAAUGAACAUGAUAUGUUGAUACCAGGUCAACCACUUAUAUAUAAUGCAACAGUGACUAAUGUUAGUCGGUCAGGCCAUGGUUCACGUGGUGCGUAUACAAGUCUUGGUCCAGGUCAUUUCCGUAUAGCUGGAAGAGCGCCAUUAGCUUAUGAUACCACUUCUAUGGGAACAACAACUCCAAUUCAAUCACCGAAACCAGCUAUAAAUGAUACAUUACAAUUUUCAUUUGACAAUGAACAUGUACAACGUAAUUCUGUAUUGAUUUCUCCAACACAAAAUGAAAAAUCAAUUAAACCGGUACUUUUUGAAGAUGAAGCAAAUAAUAAACCAUCUAGAUCAUGUUUCAUGUCAUGUAUACAAAAAAUUUCAUCAUUCUGUAGUCGAUUAUUCAGAUGUAAUACUGAUUCAAAGAAAUCGAACAAAGGUUUAAAUGUCAGUCAAGAACCGGCUGGUAUUAAAGGGCCUAAAGAAUUUGCCACUCUUCGUGCAAUGGCAGCAUUAGCUGCAGCGACAGCAGCAACAGCUGUAGCAGAUCCAACAAAAACUUCUCCAGGAGUUAAAAUGAUGCAUCUAGAUCAUCCUGAUAUGGUUACAGAAGAUUAUGAAGAACAAACAAAAUCAAUUCAAUUGGAUCGUCCAGCUAGAGAACUAUUAAUAUGGUCUAUAUUAGUUGGUAAACUACGUAUGGCUGAAUUAUUUUGGACUAUGGAAAAAGAACCUAUCGCAGCUGCUCUAUUAGCUUCAAUUCUAUUGACAUCGUUAGGGAAUAAAACAGAUGAUUUUACUGAUAAAGAAGACUAUAGAAGCUUUGCAAAAAACUUUCAAGAACGUGCUGAAGGUGUCUUGAAUGAAUGUUAUCGUGAAGAUGAACAUAGAACACAAUUAAUUAUUAAUCAUGAAUUAAUUUAUUAUGGUCGUAGUUCAGUAAUUAAAUUAGCUGCUGAAGGUCAAAGUAUAAAAUUUAUGGCACAUCCAUGUUGUCAAGAUUUUCUUACAAAUACAUGGAGCGGUAAUUUAUCAACUAAGAAUAGUGUAUUUAGGUAUAUUAUGGGGGUGGUUUGUGGAUUGACAUUACCAUUUUUAAUACCAAAAGUUAUAUUAUCCAAGCCUAAAACAAUUCCAACUACAGAAGGAGAAGAAUCAAGUCCUACUUCGGAACAACAAGGAUCUACACAAAAUAAUCAUACAUUAAAAUAUGUUUUAACUGCAGAAGAUGCUGGUAAAAAAGGUGUUCGGAAAACAUUACAAGCUAGAACUUUGGAAUAUAUUUCACAAAUUCGUGACUUUUAUAUGGCACCAGUUGUUCGUUUUGUGUAUAAUACUAUUUCAUACAUCACAUUUCUCAUCUUAUUCAGUUAUUUAUUAUUAGUUGAUUUUCGAAUCAAUAUCACAGUUGUUGAAUAUGUUGUUAUUGCUUGGGUAAUUACAUUAUUUAUAGAAGAAAUUAAACAGAUUGCAUGGGCUGUAUUAUCUGGUAUCAGUUUUAGAACUUAUAUAUCUGAUGGAUGGAAUAAAUUAGAUUGUGCUGGUUUAGCAUUAUAUAUUGUUGGUUUUAUAUUAAGAUUAAUUGUAUUAUUACGAUUACGUAAUCAUGAAGGAGAGAAUUUUAAUAUACAAUAUGAACGUUAUUAUAUUGUGACAGAUCCAAUAUUAGAUCCAUCACGUAUAUGUCUUGCAAUUAGUUUAUUCACAUUCUAUAUACGUUUAAUGUAUACAUUUAGUUUUCAUAUUGCAUUAGGACCAAAAUUAAUUAUGAUUGGUAAAAUGGUGACCAAUGAUUUAAUUCCAUUUAUGAUUAUUUUAACUGUGAUUAUGGUUGGUUAUGCAGUGGCUGCACAAUCAAUCGCCUAUCCAAAUGGUUUAUUUACCAAAGAGAAUAUGACAUUAAAUUCUGAAAUUAAACAUAUGACAUUUGCUGAUAUUAUAUUUUCAAUGUAUACAACUGCAUAUUUUCAAAUGUUUGGUGAUUUUAGUUUAGAUGCAUUACAAGGAGAAGAUCGAACAUGUCAGAAUCAUAUGUGCCCUACGAAAACAUCACGUUGGCUUGUACCUAUUAUGCUUGGAUUCUAUGUGUUAUUAACUAAUAUACUGAUGUUCAACUUACUUAUUGCCAUGUUUUCUAAGACCUACGAAGAAAUAGAGAGUGCAUCAACAUACUAUUGGAAUUAUCAAAGAUAUCAAAUGAUCAAUGAUUAUGUUCAUAGAUCACCACUUGCUCCACCAAUUAUUAUUGUUUGGCAUUUCUAUGAAGCAUAUAAAGCUAUUGGAAAUCAAUGCGCUAGUUUAAGAAAUGCUGAAACAGCGAAAUAUAAUCCAUUUUGUGUACGAUUUACCGAUGUGAAAAAAGAAAGAGAAAUGGUCAAAUGGGAGCAUAUGAAAGCUAUGGAUUAUUUAAGAGAACCAUCAACUAAAGCAACUGGGAAAAGAGGUGUAGCUGAAUCACGUGCUGUGGUAUUUCGUGGUGGUGGAGGUGUUGGUCCUGGUCAAGGACCAGUAAUGGAUUUAAAAAGUGAAAUGUCCAGUGUUACAGAGGGUAUUGGAAUGGAGUUAGAAAAACGUUUCAAAGAGAUUGAUAAUCAAUUUCAACGUUUUAAUGAUGUUGAUUCACGUUUGAAUGAUGUAACACAAUUAUUAACAAAUUUAUCUGAAGUAAUCAGUAAUGUGACUGAAACACAACAACGAAUUAUUCGACAAAUAAAUGAACUUCCUACUUGUCAAUGUAAUGAAUUCACUGAUGAAGUUGUUCCUGUACAAAAAUCCACUACAACUCAAGCUGAUUCAGGAACAGCAGAAACUAGAAAACGUACAAAACUAGAAGUAGCUAUUCAAUCUGCAUUAGAGGCAGCUAAAGAUGUACUACGACCACCAACACCACCACCACCACCGCCACCACCUCCUCCACCCCCAAGGGAAUCACCUGUUCUAUUAGCUGCUGUUGUUCCUGGAUCCGAAGAUGAUUCAAGUGGUUCAGAAGAAGGUGGUGAUCCUUCAGCUGAUCCAGUCAUAGUACCUCAAGUUCCAGAUAUUAAAACUGGAAGAGUUAUCGAAAGAACAUUAGGUGAUCAUCGUUUAUGGAGAUUGGCUCCAUUUAAUUUUGAAAAAUAUCCUGGAAUGAGAAUGAAUGUACCACCGGAACGAAUGGCAUGGACUGUGGAAUAUCCAGAUUACUUUGCAUAUGAUGCUUGUGAAGAAGUUUUAUUAUUCCCAUCAGAAGAAUCACAUGAUGGUGUUAAUUUUACCCAUGGAAACAUCGUAUUUACUUUUCAACAUAGUGAAAAUCUACGUACAAUCAAUUUUAAUCAAUAUGAUUCUAAAGCUAAAUUACGUAGACAAAGUUUACUUGGUCGUUAUCGUUUAGAUUCAACAACAGGUGCACCAUUAAAUCCAAUGGGUAGAACAGGUUUAUUAGGUAAAGGAUUAUUACCACGUUGGGGUCCAAAUCAUUCAUUUGUAUUAUGUAUUACAAGAUGGACAAGAGAUACACGUACUGGUGUACAAGUAAUAAGAAGUAAUCGUGGUGUAUUACAAUAUUUGGCAUUAGAACGUAAUAAGAGAUUAUGUAUGCCAUGGUAUUUAACAGAUCAUACAAACAAAUGUGAUUUUGAUGAAUGUGUACCAAAGAUUAUAAGCAGUUUAGUGACUCGUCGAGGACGUGCUAUACUUCCAGAGAAAAGAGUUGAAAGAUUAAUAAAACGUAUUGAAAAGGCUGAAGUUACACAGAUUUUUAAAGGUUACUUAGAUGAUCAGUUAAAUGCGGAUAGUGCAUGGAUGGAAACUGUUGUGAUUAAUUUACAUGAAUCUGAGAGUAAAGGAGCUCAACUACCAGAUGACAUAUUAAAGUUACUCAAUGAACCUGGUACAGAAGAACAAUGUAAAUGGGUUGAAGUAUCACAUAGUAGUAAUCUACGUACAAGUCAUAAUUAUAUACUUAAGAAUGUUGCAGAACUUCGUAGAGCAUUCUAUUAAUUCAAAAUACUUCAAAGAUAAUGAACUCAUUCAUCUUACCUAUUUAUUACAUUAAACACGAAUGAAAAUGUUGACUACAUUCUCAAAAUUUACAAACAGUAUUCAAUUGAUUUAAUGAAUAACUCAAUCAACUUUAUGAACUUUUUAAAAAAAGUACAAAAAGAUGGUCUCCAUUUGUUUGUUUGUUUGUUUUUCCUGGAAUUUCCAUGAUCUAAUCAAGUUUACUAUUGUCCAUUUUAUAAAGAGAAAUGUAUUAUUUCUUUGAUGUGUUGUUUUAAACCGUAUCAAAAGGAUAUACUAAUUUCAAUAGUAAUAAUAAUAAUUGAGUG